UACAUUAAUAGAAGCAUACAAUGGAAUUAUACUCACCGGAAGGAUUAAGAAUUGAUGGACGUCGUUGGAAUGAACUCCGUCGAUUUGAAUGUAAAAUCAACACUCAUCCACAUUCUGCCGAUGGAUCAUCAUAUGUUGAGCAAGGAAACACAAAGAUAAUCUGCAUGGUUCGAGGACCCAUGGAACCCGCCAUGAAAUCACAAGUUAACGCUACGUCAUCCACGGUAGAAGUCAAUGUUCUGCUUGCUAACUUCUCCACUUUUGAGCGUAAGAAACGAUCCAAGACUGAUAAGCGAAUCACCGAGUUGAAAACUACAUUAGAGAGAACAUUCAAUGAAUGCAUAAUGGGGCAUCUCUAUCCAAGAACGCUUAUUUCAGUCACCGUUCAAGUAUUGGCUCAAGACGGAGGGUUGCUUGCUGCCAUGACUAACGCAGUCACAUUAGCAUUGAUAGAUGCUGGUAUAGCGAUGUAUGAUUAUGUAAGUGGAGUGAAUGCCGGGUUAUAUGAUCAAACCAGUGCAUUACUUGAUUUAAACACCUUGGAGGAAAACGACAUGUGUAGUUUAACCAUUGGUGUUAUAGGUAAGAGUGAAAAAUUAGCGUUGGUAGUGUUGGAGGAUAAAUUACCGUUGGAUAGGUUAGAACUGGUCUUGGCAAUUGCCAUUGCUGGUAGUCAUCGGAUUCGAGAGUUGAUGGAUAUGGAAGUUAGAAAACAUGGUAAUAUGAGAUUAGCUAAAGUUAGCGUAUAGUUUACAUAUACAUCCUAAUUAGGAAAUUGUACAAUUUUAGACAACGCG